UGUGCAUCCAAUAGAAGAUACCUUCCUAUUAAAGUUAAUAAUAAUAAUAAAAAAGCUUUGCUUUCAGUGUCCUUUCUUUCUCAGAUUCUCUUCUACUAUUUCUCUCCAUAAAUAGAGAGACCCCAUCAUCCUUCUUCAAUCUUUUCUCAUCUCAGCAGCAGUAGGAGGUUCACAUAAUCUUGGGACCAUGAUUAAGUUAUUUAAAGUAAAGGAGAAACAGAGAGAGCUUGCUGAAAACGCAAAUGGAAAGCCACAGGUUAAGAAACAAAGUGCAGGAGAGCUGCGUCUUCAUAAAGAUAUCAGUGAACUAAAUCUACCUAAAACAUGUAGCAUAGCAUUCCCUAAUGGAAAAGAUGACCUCAUGAACUUUGAAGUCACCAUUCGGCCCGAUGAAGGAUAUUAUAUGGGUGGAACUUUUGUCUUCUCUUUCCAUAUUUCUCCUAUCUAUCCUCACGAGGCUCCAAAGGUCAAGUGCAAGACGAAGGUUUACCACCCGAACAUCGACUUGGAAGGCAAUGUAUGUCUCAACAUUCUUCGCGAAGACUGGAAACCUGUGCUCAACAUCAACACAAUAAUCUAUGGCUUAUAUCAUCUGUUCACGGAACCCAAUCACGAGGAUCCCCUCAAUCAUGAAGCGGCUGCUGUGUUGAGUGACAACCCGAAGAUGUUCGAGUCCAAUGUCAGAAGGGCAAUGUCUGGAGGAUAUGUAGGGCAAACGUUCUUCCAACGUUGCAUGUAACGUCUCGAAUAGAGAAUUGAUUAGUUGAUGAUUCUCCUCCGGAAGUUGAGAGCUCUCAAAAGUCUGUAAAGUUGGAUGCAGAACCAUUUUUACAUGUGGUCAUUGUGAAAAAGAUUGAGUGCAAAAUGUGAUUAGAUAUAUGUAAAAACUUAAAACCUGCAGAAAGUUUUUUGUAUGAUAAAAGAGUGUAAACUUUGCAACAACUCAUUCAAGAAAGGUUGAAGGUGUAGAGACCUCUGCUUGGAUGAAGUUUUGUACAAUUUGCAUUUAUGUACUUGCUAUAUCUUGCGUCAAUUAUCGUAUUAUUUUAUGGCAGUAACUGUUCUAUUUUUAAUAUGCA